GUUCAUUUGGCGCGCUCAUAACGAACGGUAGCACGCUUGAAGAGAGAGUUUUGUGCGGUGGGUAAUACCCCACACUCCAUCCACCCACUCUUCUGUAUUUUGUCACCUGACUCGGUCAGUAAUUUUUCUCGGUUCUCGAGGCCUCAGUGGGAAAAUAUAUUGGUGUGGAAAAUAGAGAGAAAAAAAAAUAAAGAGAACGAGAGUGGUUUCGCUUGGGCACGAAUUAAAGCGCAAGCGUUUCGGAUGUCAAUAGGAGAGUCAGUAAAGUGUUGUUGCGCCGCGUAUCCAACGUCGAUUUACUCCCCCACAUUCAGCCACACAAUUCCAUCAGUUUCAUCAACAAUCCCAAAGUGAAAUACCACCAGAGACCAGCAGAACUUUUCAGUUGAAUUGGUUCCAAGUGAAUUGUGCAGAAAAUAAGACGGAAAAUUCCGAAAAAAAAACCCUUUAGCCAUAUCACACCAAAAAAACAUUAACUAUUAGAUUUUCUGAGAACCAGGUGUGGUUUCUGCCUUAUCGGAGUGUACUAAAAAAGCAUAAAAGUGAGCCCCCAGAGAGGCUCCAGAAAGGAAAUGUACAGGAUUAAUAAAACCAGCUACUAAGAAUGGAUUAAUCAGAACAUGCAGCAAAAAAUGAGGGACAAUAUGCCAAAGAAAUAUCUUCACUAAAUAUUCCUACACCUUCCUCCGUGGGAUCAAUUUUCUUUUUUAUCAGAGGGUUUUGGAAUGAAAUGGAAAUGGACUACAAAUUCUUAUUCAAAGUUGUUUUAGUGGGAAAUGCAGGAGUCGGCAAGACGUGCUUAGUACGUAGAUUCACUCAGGGUCUCUUCCCGCCUGGACAGGGCGCCACAAUUGGUGUGGAUUUCAUGAUCAAGACCGUUGAGGUUGACAAUGAAAAGAUCAAAUUGCAGAUCUGGGAUACCGCUGGCCAGGAACGGUUCCGUUCAAUUACACAGAGCUAUUACAGAUCAGCGCAUGCCUUAAUUCUGGUCUAUGACAUAAGUUGCCAGCCCACAUUUGACUGUCUUCCGGACUGGUUGCGGGAGAUUCAGGAGUAUGCCAAUACCAAAGUACUAAAAAUUCUCGUGGGCAACAAAACUGAUCGCGAUGAUCGUGAAGUACCCACCUCGAUCGGCGAAGAAUUCGCCAAACAGCACGGGAUGUACUUCCUGGAGACAUCAGCCAAGCAGGCAGACAAUGUCGAGAGACUAUUCUAUGAGAUCGCAGCGGAACUGAUUGAGCAAGCUCGUAAUAAGGAAAUGCCACCGCGAAGUGAAACUGGCGGUCUGGCCAAUCUGGGCAAUAAAUCCAAUUACUUCAGCCAAAGCAACUGCUGUGCCAGCCUCAAUGUGGGCAUCAGCGGCGGGGGUGGCAGCAACUGAGCCCAAAGCAAAAAUCAAACAAGGACAGGAAGAUGAAACUGUUGAAUGUGUGAUCAUUAUACAUUGUUUUUAAUUUAUUUUAUAAGAAAAAGAAGAUAGUCAAUGUUUCACCGUUGAGUUUAUCCCCCUUCCCUCCCUCAAUAUCACUUAUUCGCGUGUCAAAAUGCCUCAUUUUUUUACAUAAGCUUUUACGUUUUUUCUUUUUUUUUUGUCACCGUAUAUUUUGAACACCUGGACAAGAGCUUUUUGGACUGGCUAUUACCAGUCAUAUAAAGAUUUAACUCGAUUUUAUUGUGUACAUAUCUCGAGGUGUUUUACGUUGAAGGUGAAUUUACAAAAGAAAAAUUAAUCUCAUUGAGAUCUCUCUUUGUAAUAAUAAUUGUUUCUUACUCCACUUUCAUUAAGAUCCUUGAUUAUUUUUUAAGAGAUGACAAAUAAAAUUAAUCCAACGAGG